AUGCAUGGCACUGGUGUCGGAGAGUAUGGAGAUAGUGGAGACGAUAUAAGUGACACAAAAUCGGAUUUAUCCGAAAGUGACGAAGAUCGUUAUUCUGGUUAUCAGACUCUUCCUACAUCGGAUAGCUCAUUCGAGAUUGCAAGUGCUGGCCAUGAUCGCACCAGUUCAGUAGUUCAGAAUGAUUUCGAGAAGAUUUUGAGCUCAGAAAAUAGAAAUUCGGGUCUUGGAUUUAAUAUAGCAAAAUCGAUUGAACUGACUGAAGAUAAAAUAGAACGCAUUAAGAAGACGAUGUCAGCAUUCACUCUUCCUGCUCCAUCGUGGGCAAAGGGAAUUGAUAGUGAUAAUGAAUUGAAGAAACUACUGGAAAAGCUGAAAUCAAAAUGA